GCGUUGAGCAUGCCAAGUCGGCGAGGAUAGCAUGCAUACGCAGUCAAGAUUUAGAGGUAUGAAGCGAGCGCUCGACGUAUCCGAAGCGGAGUCGACCCAGGUCCGGGCCAAGGCGCGCAGCGACCUCGACAAGCUCGGCGAAGAGGGCGUCGUGCGCCACGUCCUCUCGUACCUCGACGUCAAGGACCACCACGUGGCCAAGGCCGUCUGCCGCGGCUGGAAAGGCCUGAUCGAGACGCUGGACAUGGCGGUCCUCGACCUGAGCGUGCGCUCGCCGCUCCAUGCAAAGAACCUCGAGGCCGCGUUCCUCUCGACCAUCAACAGCUACCGCGAAGUGCGCUUGAUCAACUUUACGGGCCAGCGCUCGCUCUGCGACCGCGACCUCCUCGUACUCACGUCGUGCUUUUGGUCGUCGCUCGAGACGAUCGUCGUCGACGACUGCCUCGACAUCACCGACUUUGGCCUCCUCGCGAUCCUCAACGCGCAGUCGCAGCGCCUCCAUACGGUCUCGUUCCGCAACUGCAAGCUCGUGACCGGGCGCUUCGCGCAAACAGCGAUCACCGGCCACCACCCGUCGCUGCACACGCUCGACUUUCACAACACGCGGGUCGGCCUCCACCUCGUGCAGCACUUGGAGACGCGGUUUCCGUCGCUCCAGACCAUUGUCGCGUCGCACACGCCGGCGCACUACGAGCUGCUCUGCGCGUCGCCGUGGGCCGACCUCCAAACCGAGUGGGCGCGCUGCGUCACGCACCAGCUCACCAAAGUCCAUUUCUCGAUCGUGCUCAAGGACUUUGGCGCGCUCCAGCACCGCAUGCCGCUCCGCACGGUCUUUGAAAAAACGCUUUUGCGCAGUGCAAACGCGCUCGUCGAUCUGCCGCUCGACAGCGAGAGCUACGCGUCCGCGCUCCUCUACGUGUGCGAGCACGACAUUGAAGACCUCGUGCCCAUCCUCCUGAGCCUCGGCGCCGACGUCGAAGUCACCAACAAGGACGGCGCGACACCGCUCUGCCUCGCGGCGACCAGCGGGUGCCUUGGCGCGGUCGACGCGCUCGUGAAACAGGGCGCGUGCGUCAACGCGCGGACGCUCUCGCUCGCGACUCCGCUCUACUUUGCGUCCGAGAUGGAUUGGACCGAGAUCGUCGCGACGUUGCUGGCGCACAAUGCGCGCACAGACGCGACAACGACGUCCAACACGACACCGCUCUGCGUCGCGGCCAAGAACGGGUCACGCUCGACCGUGCGGCAGCUCAUUCGGCACCGGUCGCGGCGCCCGAGCUUCGUCCGCGGCCUUCACGCGCCCAAGCCGACGCCCGAGUGGGUCCUUGCGCUCUGUUUGGCAUGCGAGCGCAGCCACCACGAGAUCGUGCUGGACCUCCUCAACCUCGGCUUGGACCCCAACGUGCUCAUGGACAAUGGAGUCACGCCGUUGUACCUCGCGUGCCAGAUGGGCCACCACAAGAUUGUCGAGACGCUCUUGGCGCGCGGCGCUGACCCCAACUUUACGCGCGUCGGCGGCGUGAGCUGCCUGUACAUUGCGAGCCAAGAAGGCAAGCUCGACGUCGUGAGCUGCUUGACCAAGUACGCGGUGAACGUAUCGGCGGUGAUGGACGACAAGAGCGCGGCCUUGCACAUCGCCGCGCGCAUGGGCCACCGCGACAUUGCGCUGCAUCUGCUCAUGCACGGCGCCGAUCCCAACGGACAGACGCGGUCCGGCUUGACGCCGCUUUUGAUUGCGUGCGAAGAAGGCCAUGUCGCGCUCGUUGCCUACUUGCUCUCGCUCCCGAGCGUGCAGCUCAAUCUGCAGACGCACAACGGCACGACGCCGCUCUUUAUCGCGUGCCAGCGCGGCUUUCGCGACAUCGUGGCGCUCCUCUUGGUGGCCGGCGCGGACGUCAACGUGGCCAAAGCCAACGGCACGAGUCCGAUCGACGCGGCGAGCAUGCUCGGCCACCGCGACAUUGUCACGCUCUUGCUGCGCCACGGCGCGCGCGUCGGCGGCCUCGCCUUGCACUUUGCAGAACGGCGAAAGGACACGAGUCUCCUCGCGCUACUGCUGCAGCAGCACCAAGCGCAGUGGUAUGCGCCGGAGGUCCCAACAAUGGUCGACUAUGUCCAAUAACCUAUAAACAACGACAAUUCAAAUUUAUUAUCCAU